CCCUUCCCUACAAUACGAGCCAUGGAAAUGGAACUCUCCACCUGCUUCUUUCUGUGCCUUCUGCCAUUCAGCUUCAGCACCACCAGAAAAUACUACCUGGGCGCAGUGGAACUGUCCUGGGACUACAUGCAAAGUGAACUGCUCAGUGAGCUGCACGUGCACAGAAGGUUUUCCCCUGGGGUGCCAAGACCUCUGCCAUUCAACACAUCAGUCAUGUACAGAAAGACUAUGUUUGUAGAGUUUACAGAUCACCUCUUCAGCAUGGCCAAGCCCAGGCCACCGUGGAUGGGUCUGCUAGGUCCUACCAUCCGGGCCGAGGUUUCUGACACGGUGGUCGUUAUACUCAAGAAUAUGGCUUCUCACCCUGUCAGCCUUCAUGCUGUUGGCGUGUCCUACUGGAAAGCUUCCGAAGGUGCUGAAUAUGAGGACCAGACCAGCCAGAAGGAGAAGGAAGAUGAUAAAGUCUUUCCUGGUGAGAGCCAAACCUACGUCUGGCAGGUCCUGAAAGAAAAUGGUCCGAUGGCCUCUGAUCCACCAUGUCUCACCUACUCAUAUUUCUCUCACGUGGAUCUGGUGAAAGACCUAAAUUCGGGCCUCAUUGGAGCCCUGCUGGUGUGCAAACAAGGGAGUCUGGCUGAAGGAAGGACACAGCCCUUGCAUGAAUUUGUACUCCUGUUUGCAGUAUUUGAUGACGGGAAAAGCUGGCAUUCAGAGGCAAAUGAGUCCUCGGCACAGGCUCUGGGUCCUGCAUCUGCUCAGGCCCGGCAUGAAGUGCACACGGUCAAUGGCUAUGUAAACAGGUCUCUGCCAGGCCUGACUGGAUGCCACAAGAAAUCAGUCUAUUGGCAUGUGAUUGGAAUGGGCACCACCCCGAAAGUGCACUCGAUUUUUCUUGAAGGUCACACAUUUCUCGUGAGAAACCAUCGCCAGGCCUCCUUGGAGAUCUCAUCGAUAAGUUUCCUUACUGCUCAGACAUUUUUCAUGGACCUUGGCCAGUUUCUACUGUUUUGUCACAUCUCUUCCCACCAGCAUGCUGGAAUGGAAGCUUAUGUCAAAGUAGAUAGCUGCCCAGAGGAACCCCAGCUACGGAUGAAAAAUAACGAAGAGGAAGAUUAUGAUGAUGAUCAUUAUGAUUCUGACAUGGACAUGAUUAGGUUUGAUGGCGACAGCUCUUCUCCCUUUCUUCAAAUCCGCUCAGUUGCCAAGAAGCAUCCUAAAACUUGGAUCCACUAUAUUGCCGCUGAAGAGGAGGACUGGGACUAUGCCCCAUCGGCCCCCACCUCCAGCGAGACAAGUUAUAAACAUCUGUAUUUGAACAAUGGUCCUCAGCGGAUUGGUAGGAAGUACAAAAAAGUCCGAUUUAUGGCAUACACAGAUGAAACCUUUAAGACUCGUAAAGUUGUUCAGUAUGAAUCAGGAAUCCUGGGACCUUUACUUUAUGGAGAAGUUGGAGACACACUGUUGAUUAUAUUUAAAAAUCAAGCAAGCCGACCAUAUAAUAUCUACCCUCAUGGAAUCACUGACGUCAGUCCUUUGCACUCAGGGAGACUGCCUAAAGGUGUGAAACAUUUGAAAGAUAUGGCAAUUCUGCCAGGAGAAAUAUUCAAGUAUAAAUGGACAGUGACUGUAGAAGACGGGCCAACUAAAUCAGAUCCUCGGUGCCUGACUCGAUAUUACUCAAGUGUCAUUAAUCCAGAGAGAGAUCUAGCUUCAGGACUCAUUGGCCCUCUCCUCAUCUGCUACAAAGAAUCUGUAGAUCAAAGAGGAAACCAGAUGAUGUCAGACAAGAGAAAUGUUAUCCUAUUUUCUAUAUUUGAUGAGAACCGAAGCUGGUACCUCGCAGAAAAUAUGAAGCGCUUCCUCCCCAACGCAGACGCAGUGCCGCCCCAUGACCCAGAGUUCCAGGUCUCCAACGUCAUGCACAGCAUCAACGGCUAUGUUUUUGACAACUUGCAGCUGUCAAGUUGUUUGCACGAAGUGGCAUACUGGUACAUUCUAAGCGUUGGAGCACAAACUGACUUCCUGUCUGUCUUCUUCUCUGGAUAUACCUUCAAACACAAAAUGGUCUACGAAGACACACUGACCCUAUUCCCGUUCUCAGGAGAAACUGUCUUCAUGUCAAUGGAAAAUCCAGGUCUGUGGGUGCUGGGCUGCCACAACUCAGACUUCCGGAGCAGAGGCAUGACAGCCCUAUUGAAGGUUUCCAGUUGUGACGGGAACAUUGGUGAUUAUUAUGAGGAUAUAUAUGAAGAUAUUCCAGCCUCCCUGCUGAAUGAAAAUAACGUCAUUGAACCCAGAAGCUUCUCCCAGAAUCCAAGACACCGUAGCACUAGGCAAAAGCAAUUCAAAGCCACCACAACUCCAGAAGAUGACAUAGAGCAGAUGGACCCUCACCCUGGAGAAGGAACACAGCUGCUUAAAGUACAAAGUGUGUCUUCUAGUGAUUUGUUGAUGCUGGUGGGACAGAAUCCUACUCCACAUGGAUUACUCUUAUCUGAUCUCCAAGAAAUCACACAUGAAGCUGAUGAUCAUUUACUUGGAGCUAUAGAAAGAGACAAGGGCCCAUCUGAAGUGUCAGAUCUCAGACCAGAGCUCCAUCACGGUGGCGACAGAGGGUUUACUCCUGAGCCAGAACUAAAAUUAAGAUUAAAUGGGAAUUUGGGGACACCUGUAAAAGCAGAGAUGAAGAACCUUGAUUUAAAAAUUUCUAGUUCAUCAGAUAACCUAAUGGCUUCACCAACAAUUCCAUCAGACAAGUUGGCAGCAGGUACUGAGAAGACUGAUUCCUUAGCACCCCCAAAUAUGUCAGUUCACUUUAGUAGUCAUUUAAGUACCAUUGUAUUUGGUGAAAAUUCAUCUCACUCUAUUCAGUCUGGCAUACCUUUGGGCUUGAGUGAAGGAGAUAAUGAUUCCAAGUUGUUAGAAGCAGCUUUAAUGAAUAGUCAAAAAAGUUCACUGGGAGAAAAUGUAUUACCAGUGGAGAGUAAUGGGUUAUUUAAAGAAGACAGAGUUCAGGAACCUGCUUCAUUAAUCAAAGAUAACGCUUUAUUCAAAGUCAAUAUCUCUUUGAUAAAGACAAACAAGUCACCAAUGAACUCAACAACUAAUAGCAAGUCUCAUGUUGAUGUCCCAGCAUUAACUGAGAACAGUACAUCAGUCUGGCAAGAUACUACAUUACAACGUAAUGCUGAGUUUCAAGAAGUGACUUCUUUGAUUCACAAUGAAACAUUUAUGGACAGAAAUAUUACAGCUUUGGGGCUAAAUCAUGUGUCAAAUAAAACUACUUCAUCAAAAAAUGUGGAAGUGGCCCGCCAAAACAAAGACGGCCCCGUGCUACUAGAUGCAGAAAAUCCAGAUCUCUCAUUCUUCAAGAUAUUGUUCUCGCCAGAUUCAGCAAACUGGAUAAAAAGAACCCAUGGUGAGAACUCCCUAAGCUCUGGGCAAAGGCCCAGUCCCACGCAAUUAACAUCUUUAGGGUCAGAAAACUCUGUGAAAGAUCGGAAUUUUUUGUCAGAGCAGAAGGUGGUAGUAGGAAAGGAUGAAUUUACCAAGGACACAGAACGCAAAGAGAUGAGUUUUCCGAACAGCAAGAGCAUAUUUCUUACUAACUUGGCUAAUGUCCAAGAAAGUGAUACCUACAAUCAAGAAGAAAAACCUCAGGAAGACAUAGAAAGAAAGGAGAAAUUAACCCAAGAGAAUGUGGUUUUGCCUCAGGGAUAUACAGUGACUGACACUAAGAAUUCCCUGAAGGACCUUUUGUUACUAAGCACCAAGCAAAAUGUAGAAGGUUUAGAUGAGGGGCCAUAUACUCCAAUACUUCAAGACACCAGUUCAUUAAAUGAUUCAGCACAUAGAGCAGGGAUUCACAAGGUCCAUUUCUCAAAAAUAAGUGAGGAAGAAAAGUUGGAAAGUUUGGGAAAUCAAACAAAGGAAAUGGCAGAGAGGUCUUCAAGCACUCCGAGGACGCCUUCUAAUCCAAGUCAGCAUAAUAGUCUCACUCGGCGUGGGAAGCGGGCCUUGAAACAAUCCAAACUCUCACUAGAAGAAAUAACGUUUGCAAGGGGGGUGAUUUUGAAUGACACCUCAACCCGGUCAUCCAAAAACAUGAACUAUUUGACUCAUGGCACCCUCACACAGAUAGAGGACAAUGAGAAAGAUAAAGGGGCUACCACUCAGUCCCUCCUUUCAAAUUGCUCUCUGGGGAAUCAGGGCACCAUUCAAAUGAAUGACUCUGCAUUGCCCAUUGCAAAGGAAUCAGCAUUUCCAUCAGCUAGACAUACAGUAUCAGCCUGCAGUUAUACCUUCAGGGAGAGCAGUUCUGGGGUCCAAAAAAGCAGUCAUUUCUCACAAGGAACCAAGAGAAAUAACCUUUCUGUAGCCUUCCUAACCUCAGAAAUGACUGGAGGUCAAGGAAAAUUCAGCUCCCUAGGGAAAAACACCACAAACCAACUCGUGUACAAGAAGCGCGAAAACACUCUUUUGCAACCAGGCUUGUCUGAAGCAUUUGGCAAAGGUGAGUCACUCCCGAAAGCUCAUGUUCAUCAAGAAGACUCUUUCCCUACAAAAGCUAGCAAUGAUUCUUCUGGCCGCCUGGAUCUCAUGGAGAAGAUCUUCUUUCAGAAAACCCAGGGAGCUGUUAAAUUAAAGAAAAUAAAUGGAUCUGGAAACAUGCCCUUUCUGAAAUGGACAACAGACAGCUCUGAAAAGAUUCACUCUGAGCUGCUGGGCCCCCUUACUUGGGAUAACAACAGAGCUACCCAGAUACCAAGAGAAGAGUGGAAAUCCCAAAAGAAGUCGCAGGAAAACAUACCUUUUAAGAGCAAGGACACUAUUUUGCCCCUGGGCCCUUGUGAAAACAGUCAUUCAAUAGCAGCAAUAAAUGAAGGACAAGGUAAACUCCAAAGAGAAGCCACCGGGGCAAAGCAAGGAGAGACCAGAAGACUGUGCACAGAGAACCCACCAGUCUCAAAACGCCAUCAAAGGGAAAUAACCCUUACUACUCUUCAGCCAGAGAAAGACAAAAUUGAGUAUGAUGAUUUGUUCUCAACUGAAAUGAAGAGAGAUGAUUUUGACAUCUAUGGUGAAGAUGAAAAUCAAGGCCUUCGCAGCUUUCAAAAGAGAACACGACACUAUUUCAUUGCUGCAGUGGAGCGUCUCUGGGAUUAUGGAAUGAGCACAUCUCCCCAUGCACUAAGAAACAGGGCUCUAGGUGGGGAUGUCCCUCAGUUCAAGAAGGUGGUUUUCCAGGAAUUUACAGAUGGAUCCUUCACUCAGCCCUUAUACCGUGGAGAACUGAAUGAACACUUGGGACUCUUAGGGCCAUAUAUAAGAGCAGAAGUUGAAGACAAUAUCAUGGUAACUUUCAAAAACCAAGCCUCCCGUCCGUACUCCUUCUAUUCUAGCCUGAUUUCUUAUGAGGAAGAUCAGAGGCAAGGAGCAGAGCCUAGAAAAAAGUUUGUCAGCCCUAAUGAAACCCAAGUUUACUUUUGGAAAGUGCAGCAUCACAUGGCACCCACUAAAGAUGAGUUUGACUGCAAGGCUUGGGCGUAUUUUUCAGACGUUGAUCUGGAAAAAGACAUGCACUCAGGCUUGAUCGGACCCCUUCUCAUCUGCCGCAGUAACACACUGAGCCCCGCUCACGGGAGACAAGUGACGGUGCAGGAGUUUGCUCUGUUUUUCACGAUUUUUGAUGAGACUAAGAGCUGGUACUUCACGGAAAACAUGGAAAGGAACUGCAGGGCUCCCUGCCGGAUCCAGAAGGAGGAUCCUGCUUUUAAAGAGAAGUACCGCUUCCACGCCAUCAACGGCUAUGUGAUGGACACGCUGCCCGGCUUGGUCAUGGCUCAGGAUCAAACGGUGCGAUGGUACGUCCUCAGCAUGGGGAGCAACGAGAAUAUCCACUCCAUUCACUUCAGCGGGCAGGUGUUCACUGUGCGGAAAAGAGAGGAAUAUAAGAUGGCGGUGUACAACCUAUACCCAGGUGUUUUUGAGACGGUGGAAAUGCUGCCAUCCAGAGUUGGGAUCUGGCGGGUGGAAUGCCUGAUCGGCGAGCACCUGCAGGCUGGCAUGAGCACUCUCUUCCUGGUGCACAGCCCGAAGUGUCAGAUUCCACUGGGGAUGGCUUCUGGACGCAUUCGAGAUUUCCAGAUCACAGCUUCAGGGCAGUAUGGACAGUGGGCCCCAAAGCUGGCCAGACUCCAUUAUUCCGGAUCAGUCAAUGCCUGGAGCACCAAGGACCCCAUUUCCUGGAUCAAGGUGGAUCUGUUGGCACCCAUGAUCAUUCACAGCAUCAUGACCCAGGGGGCCCGUCAGAAGUUGUCCAGCCUCUACGUCUCCCAGUUUAUCAUCAUGUAUAGUCUUGAUGGAAAGAAGUGGCAGAGUUAUCGAGGGAAUUCCACUGGGACCUUAACGGUGUUCUUUGGCAACGUGGACUCAUCUGGGAUAAAACACAAUAUUUUUAACCCUCCAAUUAUUGCUCGGUACAUCCGUUUGCACCCAACGCAUUACAGCAUCCGCAGCACUCUGCGCAUGGAGUUGAUGGGCUGUGAUUUAAACAGCUGCAGCAUGCCGCUGGGGAUGGAGAGUAAAGCAAUAUCGGACGCGCAGAUUACCGCCUCGUCCUACUUAAAGAGCAUGUUUGCCGCUUGGUCUCCCGCCCAAGCCCGGCUGCACCUCCAGGGCAGGACGAAUGCCUGGAGACCUCAGGCAAAUAAUCCAAAAGAGUGGCUGCAAGUGGACUUCCAGAAGACAAUGAAAGUCACAGGCAUAACCACCCAGGGGGUGAAAUCGCUCCUUACCAGCAUGUAUGUGAAGGAGUUCCUCGUUUCCAGUAGUCAAGACGGCCACACCUGGGCUCUGGUUCUUCAGAACGGCAAAGUGAAGGUUUUUCAGGGGAAUCAAGACUCCUCCACGCCCGUGGUGAACUCUCUAGAGCCCCCACUACUGACUCGCUACCUUAGAAUUCACCCCCAGAGCUGGGCUCGCCAGAUCGCCCUGAGGCUGGAGGUUCUGGGCUGUGAGGCCCAGCAGGCGUACUGACCCCCCCCCCCCAGCCCUGCGCCCUCUCCAGCUCGCCUCCCGCCCCCGCCUCCCAGCCUGGCCUCCCGCUCGGUCCCGGCCCCGCCCUGCCCCUGGGCCGAGCCUUUUCUCGGCAUUGAAAGUGCACAGCCCCGGCCGCCACCGCCCGGAAGCCUCCCAGGUUAGUUGUCACGAAUCCCGCAUUCCCGGGAAGGGUGCAUUGUUUGAACCCUCUUCCAAGAUUUAACUCUCUUCCGUUUCCCGCCGCUGCUCCCAGGUUGCUUUUGCCCUCCAAAGCCAGGAGGAGAUGAGGAAGCUCAGGGGGAAAGCGCCCUCCUCCCCCCCCCCCCCCCCAGGUCAGGUCUCUCCCACAGCCUCCUCUUCCUCCUUUGUAGACGAACAGUGUGCUUGAAGUUUGCAGACACUAGUCAUGAUGUAAGCACUUCCCAUUAGGCUUCAGACAUUGAAAAUAAAACUCUCACUGGUUUAUGAUUCCGGUCAAACAUGGAGCAAAUCCGUGUCACCACAGCCUUGAAGCCAGAAGGCAGGCCGUUCUAACAACCUGCAAUCCCAUUUACGUAGCUGGGAUUUCAAGGCGCCAGAUGACACGGAGCUGGGGAAAGCAGGGAGCGAACAGGGUGCCGCCCGCCACCCCACAGGGAGCCCCGCCUUGGUCUGCGCCUCACAGGUGAGGCCAUCGUGGGCUACUGCUGCUCCUUCCAUCGGCUCACCCCCUUCCCUGCCUCCACGCCCGCGCGCGCGCGCACACACACACACACGCACACACACGCACACACACGCACACACACACACGCGGCUCAGGGGCUGGGGGCAAGGACAAGCCACAGGGCACUUGGAGGAAGCCUCCAAAGUUUGCAGUCCAGAGCAUUUAAAGACAGGAGCGUUAGAGACAAAAUUAUUACAAUCUGAGAAAAAGCAAGAGAACAGAUGCUCUUUGUCCAAGCAAGAGCAUCGUCGAAGAGUCCUGCUUGACCCCGAUGGGGCCUUCUGGGGAAUGCAACGUGACUGUCCCCGGACGGUCACAAACCACAGCGGACCAAGGCACAGAGGGGAAAUGCUGUAAGAGUGUCAGGUAACAGGUUCAUCUACAGAAAUUAAUAAAUUGUUUUUCCCUGUAGCCUGGUAGAAAAGUUAACCCCAAAGGCGAUUAUGGCUUUAUUUCCUGUAAAAGGCUAACCACCCUCGCGUCUAACUUAAUGACCUUGUUUUCGCGUUCCUUUCCUACGGCCCAGAUGCGCCUCUGCUCCUCAGAGGCUCCUGGAGCCUCUGGUCUUCCGGCUGGUUUCCUCAGUAACCACUUAAAUAAAACCUUG